AUGAGACAGCAGCUGUCUGACUGGCCCUUCAAUGAAACUGCUGUUCCAGGUAGAGACAGCUGGUCUGCCAUCAGCUGUCACCCUAUGUCUGGGGAAUGCUCCUGCAAGCCUGGUUGGUCUGGGCUCUACUGCAACGAGACAUGUUCCCCGGGGUUCUAUGGUGAGUCAUGUCAGCAGAUCUGCAGCUGCCAAAAUGGUGCUGACUGCGAUAGUGUGACUGGAAAGUGCACCUGUGCCCCUGGAUUUAAGGGUGCUACCUGUGGCACUCCUUGUCUUCCGGGGACAUACGGAGUAAACUGUUCAUCUGUGUGCAACUGCAAAAAUGAUGCCAUCUGUUCACCAGUAGAUGGUUCUUGUGCCUGCAGAGCAGGUUGGCAUGGUGUAGAUUGCUCAAUAAAUUGUCCCAGGGGUACCUGGGGACUUGGCUGUAACUUAACUUGCCAGUGUCUUAAUGGAGGGGCUUGCAAUGCUCUGGAUGGAACCUGUACAUGUGCCCCAGGCUGGAGAGGAGAAAAAUGUGAACUCCCUUGCCAGGACGGCACAUAUGGUCUGGAUUGUGCUGAACGCUGUGACUGCAGCCAUGCAGAUGGUUGUCAUCCCACCACAGGAUACUGUCGCUGUCUGCCGGGAUGGUCAGGCAUUCACUGUGACAGUGUGUGUGCUGAGGGACAGUGGGGUCCAAAUUGCUCAUUGUCUUGUUACUGCAAAAACGGAGCAUCCUGCUCUCCAGAUGACGGAAUCUGUGAGUGUGCACCAGGAUACAGAGGCACCACUUGUCAGAGAAUUUGUUCCCCUGGGUUUUAUGGACACCGCUGCAGUCAGACAUGCCCCCAGUGCGUACACAGCAGCGGACCCUGCCACCACAUUACUGGCUUGUGUGACUGCUUACCUGGAUUUACAGGAGCCCUCUGUAAUGAAGUAUGUCCCAGUGGCAGAUUUGGCAAGAACUGCAUUGGCAUAUGCACCUGUACCAAUAACGGAACAUGUAAUCCUAUUGAUAGAUCCUGUCAGUGUUACCCUGGCUGGAUUGGUAGUGACUGCUCUCAGCCUUGCCCACCUUCCCACUGGGGACCAAACUGCAUUCACACCUGCAACUGCCAUAAUGGAGCUUAUUGCAGUGCCUAUGAUGGGGAGUGCAAAUGUACCCCAGGAUGGACGGGCCUUUACUGUACACAAAGAUGUCCUCUAGGGUUUUAUGGGAAGGACUGUGCACUGAUAUGCCAGUGUCAGAACGGAGCUGACUGUGACCACAUCAGUGGGCAGUGCACCUGCCGCACAGGGUUCAUGGGGAAGCAUUGUGAGCAGAAAUGCCCUCAAGGCACGUAUGGGUAUGGAUGCCGGCAGAUAUGUGACUGUCUGAACAACUCAACUUGUGACCACAUCACAGGAACGUGUUACUGCAGCCCAGGCUGGAAAGGGGCCAGGUGUGAUCAAGCUGGUGUAAUUAUAGUGGGAAACUUGAACAGUUUAAGCCGUACCAGUACUGCCAUCCCUGCUGAUUCUUACCAGAUAGGGGCUAUAGCAGGCAUCAUUAUUCUUGUCCUGGUUGUGCUUUUCCUGCUAGUGCUGUUCAUAAUUUACAGACAAAAGCAGAAAGGAAAAGAAACAAAUAUGCCUGCAGUGACCUAUACCCCUGCUAUGCGGGUCAUCAAUGCAGAUUAUACCAUUUCAGAAACCAUUCCUCAUGGUAGUGGUGGAAAUGCAAACAGUCACUAUUUCUCUAACCCUAGUUAUCAUACUCUAACUCAAUGCACCACCCCACCUCAUGUCAACAACAUGGACAGGCUGACCCUGGCAAAGGCAAAAAACAGCCAGCUGUUUGUGAACCUUAAAAAUGUGGAACCUGGAAAACGAGGCAACAUCAUGGACUACACAGGGACACUGCCAGCAGACUGGAAACAUGGUGGCUACCUCAAUGAGCUUGGUGCUUUUGGACUUGAUAGGGGAUAUUUGGGAAAGUCCCUGAAAGAUCUAGUGAAGAACUCAGAAUACAAUUUAAGUAAUUGCUCAUUAAGUAGUUCUGAGAACCCGUAUGCUACUAUAAAAGACCCACCAGCUCUUGUACCAAAAAGUUCAGAAUGUGGAUAUGUUGAAAUGAAGUCACCAGCACGCAGGGACUCCCCAUAUGCUGAGAUCGCUGGCGCUGCUUCAGCCAACAAGAAUGUUUAUGAAGUUGAACCUACGGUGAGUGUUGUCCAGGGAGCAUUCAGCAGCAGUGGACGUUUCAACCAGGAUCCUUAUGAUCUUCCAAAAAACAGCCAUAUUCCAUGUCAUUAUGACUUGCUACCAGUUCGAGAUAGCCCCAAAUCCUCUACGAAAGGGGUCAGCAGUGAAUGA